AUGGCACCCGCAGCCCCAUUCAACCCACCUUCAGCCGACCUGCCUGGCAAGCCCUUCGUGCCACAGUGGGACCCUCCGCCAGUCACCAAGGAGAAGCACAACUUUGCCGAGCUCAAGUCUAUUGAUCUCUCUUUGCUGGACUCGGAGGACCCAGCCGUCGUUGAUGAGCUUAUCCAGAAGGUCAAGUUUGCCAUUCGCCAUGACGGCUUUUUGUUCCUCGAGAACUAUGGAGUUUCUCUUGAGCAGCUUCACCGUCAAUUCUCUCUCGCUCAGUAUCUCUACAGCAACAUCAGCGUUGAAGACAAGGAACGCCUUCUUUUCCACCCUGAUACCGGUCUCUGGUCUGGCUACAAGCAUCCUUAUGGAUUCAAGCGACACCGUGGACCCCUCGAUGGCAUUGAGCAAUUUAACUGGUACAAACAAGACUGGGAAGACAUCAACCGCGUGCCCAAGUGUCUGCACCCAUUUAUGGACGAGAUCGAGGCGUUCUCCAACUACCUCACGAAAUCCGUCAACCGACGACUCCUGACCCUCUUUUCCCGCGUCCUGGAGCUCCCAGACGACUAUCUUUUCGAAAACGUCCAAUCUCAAGGGAGCCCGACCGGUGAAGGCUACUUCCGCCACGCACUUUUCAGACCCGUCCAGAAAGAAACCGAACAGGCAUCGAAGGGCCUGCGCAUGCACGGCCAUACAGACUUUGGUCUGACCACAUUGCUCUUCUCCGUUCCCAUCUCCUGUCUGCAAAUCUGGGGCCGCGACGAACAGUGGUACUACGUCCCUUACAAGCCGGGGGCGCUGGUCGUCAACAUCGGCGAUACCUUGGAGAUUGUCUCUGGUGGGCAUUUCAAGGCCACUCGUCACCGUGUUUUUAAGCCACCGAUUGAUCAAUUGCACGAGGAGCGUCUGUCAAUCGUGUUGUUCAACAGCUCUGUCGGAGAUUUGCGUAUGGGGCCUGCACAAGAAUCACCACUUAUCCAGCGAGAGGGCUGCGUCGAGGAACAGGGCAUCUACAAAGAGUUCAAGAAUCUAACAUCUCACGGAAAGCUUGUGCCCACUAAUCAGCAAUGGCGCGAGAUCCAGAUUGCGACGGUGACGGAUCCAACGGACACAGUGCGCAACCGCGUCGGUGCGGAUCAGGUGCUUAUAGACGGCAAGAUCAUGCAUCAGCGAGAAUACAUGGGUGUCAAAGUUGUCCUUCCUGUUUGA